AUGAAGGUUCCAGGACUCGCUGUCUUCGUUCUCUCCUACCUCUCUACUGCGGCCCUUGCCAACCCUCACCACGUCGACUCCGUCACCAUCCAACUGGCGAACGACCAGUCUGGCGCAAAUGCCAACGUUGAUAUCCCCACUGAUGGUCAAAAGCGCUCUGUCGAGUCUCUCUGGGGCCAUACAUCCGUCGCAAAGGAUGGCGUUGUGUAUGCAUCCAGCGCACAGCUCGUUGCUUUCCAACAGGACACCGUGUGUGUGAUCUUCGGCGAUGGUGAUCACGCUCAAUUGAACGCCCGGCAAACUUGGGUGUCUCUGAAGGACGGCAAAGUGGUCAAGUUGGACCACGCAUAUGUUGUUUGCGAGGAUGUCUAA